AUGGACAGCGCGGCUGCUUUUCUGCAAGUGUGGGGUUUGUUCGAUCCAGUCGAUCAUGGCUACAUUGAAGAAAAGCAUGUGGACGAGUUUUUUCGGCACGUUGUGAAGAAAUUAGGGAUAACAGUGGCCAGCAUCUUCCUGCCAGAGGACGAGAACUUUCUGCUGUUGUUCUGCAGAGAAACGCCCUUGGACAACAGUGUGGAGUUCAUGAGGAUCUGGAGACGCUACGAUGCUGACAGCAGUAGAUUCUUAUCAGCCGUGGAACUCAAGAGUUUCCUUGAAGAUCUGUUUGAGCAGCACAACAAGUGCAUCACGCCAGACAAACUGGAGAUGUACACCAGCACCAUCAUGAAAAUGUUUGACAAAAACCAAGAUGGCCACCUGGAUUUAAAUGAUAUGGCCAGAAUUCUGUCCUUAAAGGAGAAUUUCCUGCUGAAGUUUGAGAUGGAUGCCUGCACUCAAAAGGACAGAGCGAGAGAUUUCGAGAAAAUCUUUGCCCACUAUGAUGUGAGUAAAACAGGAGCCCUGGAAGGACCAGAGGUGGAUGGAUUCGUUAAAGACAUGAUGGAGUUGGUGAAGGUAGAAAUAUUUUGUCAUUACAUCUAAUAUUAUUAAUGAGUUAUUAAUAAGACUUUUAUGAAGGUUUUUUUUUAUAUAUAAUUUACCAACAUACCCAAGGUCCCAAGUUAUAUUCCUGAGAAUGUAUUCAUAAAGAAUGUGAGAAUGAUCUCAGAGAGCUCCUAAUUUAACUUAAGGUUCCUAGUUUCCAUUUAUAUCUUAAGGGUGAUUCUAGACCAAUCUCAGAACGAGGAAAAUACAAAAAAUUUUAUCUUAGAGAGGAGGCGGGGCUAAUCUUGUUACUAGGUGACGUUCUUUUGAAGACUGUGAUUGGU